CAGGCGAAGGUGGCGGCGAUGGGCUCCGUGCUGCGCUUCUUCUUCUUGCUCUUCCUGGGGCUCGCCGGCCCCGCGGCUACACUCGCCGGUUAUAUCGAGGCACUGGCAGCCAAUGCUGGGACAGGGUUUGCAGUGGCAGAGCCUCAAAUUGCCAUGUUCUGUGGGAAGCUAAAUAUGCAUGUGAAUAUCCAGACUGGGAAAUGGGAACCUGACACUUCUGGGACCAAGAGCUGCUUUGGAAGAAAGGAGGAGAUUCUGCAGUACUGCCAGGAGAUGUAUCCAGACCUUCAGAUCACAAAUGUUGUGGAAGCCAAUCAACCUGUCAGCAUCGACAGCUGGUGCAAGAGAGGCAAGAAACAGUGCAAGGACCACACUCACAUCGUGGUGCCCUACAAGUGCCUGGUGGGAGAGUUUGUAAGCGACGUGCUGCUGGUGCCAGAGAAGUGCCGGUUCUUCCACAAGGAGCGGAUGGACGUCUGCGAAAGCCACCAGCACUGGCACACGGUGGCAAAAGAGGCCUGCCUGGCAGAAGGGAUGAUCCUGCACAGCUAUGGCAUGCUGCUGCCCUGUGGAGUAGACCAGUUCCAUGGGACAGAAUAUGUUUGCUGCCCUCAGACCAAGGUGGUGGAUCAGGCUCUGUCCAAAGAGGAAGAGGAUGAAGAUGAGGAUGAUGACUAUGACCUUUAUAAAAGUGAGUUCCCUACAGAGGCAGGUGUAGAAGACUUCACGGGAACAGCUGUGGAGGAGGAUGAAGAUGAGGAAGAUGAGGGUGAAGAGGAGGAGGAGGACGUGGUGGAAGACUAUUAUGACAGCUACAAAGUGGAUGAUUACAAUGAAGAGACCCCCACAGAGCCUAGCAACGACAAGGCUGUUCCUGAGAAGGAAGUCAGCAGUGAUAUGAAAUCUGUCUGCUCCCAGGAGGCGAUGACAGGGCCCUGCCGGGCUGUGAUGCCUCGUUGGUACUUCGAUGCUAACAAGAGAAAGUGCAUUCGCUUUAUAUAUGGAGGCUGCGGAGGCAACAGGAACAAUUUUGAGUCAGAGGAGUAUUGUAUGGCUGUGUGUAAAAAGAUGAUGCCAACUGAUGAUGUGGAUGUCUACUUUGAAACCCCUGCUGAUGACAACGAGCAUGCCCGCUUCCAGAAGGCCAAGGAGCAGCUGGAGGUCAGGCACCACAACCGCAUGGACCGGGUGAAAAAGGAAUGGGAGGAAGCAGAACACCAAGCUGUAAACCUCCCCAAGGCAGAAAGGCAGACUCUCAUUCAGCACUUCCAGGCAAUGGUGAAGUCUCUGGAGAAAGAGGCAGCGAGUGAGAAGCAGCAGCUGGUGGAAACUCACCUGGCUCGUGUGGAGGCCAUGCUGAACGACCGCCGCCGCAUUGCGCUGGAGAACUACCUGGCUGCUCUGCAGGCUGACCCACCACGGCCCCACCGCAUCCUGCAGGCUCUGAGGCGCUACGUCCGCGCUGAGAACAAGGACCGGCUGCACACCAUCCGCCACUACCAGCACGUCCUGGCAGUCGACCCAGAGAAGGCUGCACAGAUGAAAUCUCAGGUGAUGACACAUCUCCAUGUGAUCGAGGAGAGGAUGAAUCAAAGCCUGUCUCUGCUCUACAAGGUGCCAUAUGUGGCUGAAGAAAUCCAGGAUGACAUUGAUGAGCUGCUGCAGGAGCAGCGUGCAGACAUGGAUCAGUUCACAUCCUCCGUGUCUGAAUCCCAGGUGGAUGUCAGGGUGAGCUCUGAGGAGAGCGAAGAGAUUCCCCUGGAGGGCAAACCUUUCCGUCCCUUCCAGGUGAAAACCUUCCCAGCCUUGCCUGAGAAAGAAGAUCCUCAGCCGGAUUUGUACCACCCAAUGAAAAAAGGGUCUGGCAUGACCGAGCUGGAUGGGCUGAUUGGUGCUGAAGAGAAAGUGAUCAACAGCAAGAACAAAGUGGAUGAAAAUGUGGUGAUUGAUGAAACCCUGGACGUGAAGGAGAUGAUUUUCAACGCGGAGCGUGUCGGGGGGCUGGUGGAUGAGCCGGAUAAUGACAACUCCCUCCGGGAUGACUUCAGCUUCAGCAGCAGUGCCCUGAUUGGUCUGUUGGUGAUUGCUGUUGCCAUAGCUACUGUCAUAGUCAUCAGCUUGGUGAUGCUGAGGAAGAGGCAGUACGGCACCAUCAGCCAUGGAAUUGUGGAGGUUGACCCCAUGCUCACCCCAGAGGAGCGGCAUCUGAGCAAGAUGCAGAACCACGGCUACGAGAACCCCACUUACAAAUACCUGGAGCAGAUGCAGAUAUAAAAGAGCUGAAGAUACAACAGCCCUGAGUGGGAGGAGAGAGGAGCCAGGGCAGGAGGGCCAAAGGGGUCCAGCAUUUUGGAUCAACUACUGACCAACAGUUGCUUCAAGAGGACUUCAUCUUACAUUCAGAACUCCUGGAUCAUUAAGACUAUAAUUACUACUGUAGAGUUGCAAUUUCCAUUCUUUUAAAUGGGUGAAGAAAUGAUAAUAUAAGGAUAUGAUGAUAUAUAAAUCUCCUUAAAUGGGAAAAAAAAAAAAAGGAUUUAUUGCAGAUG